UGUCAUUUGUUGUGGCUAGCGAUGAUAAACUCAACGCCUGACGCAUUAUGUUUCAUUGGUGAAAAAACCUGAAGAAGAUCGCAAGUUCAUUGUUAAAAAAUGGACUCUACCCGCUUGAUUGUAAUUGUAAUUAUUUUUUUCACUUCAGUGGUCGUUUCUACUUGUCUCCAGGGUGAAUCUGCCUCUACCGAAGAUGACCGAAGGCCUUCACUAGGGGGUGGGUGUGCAUGCAUCAAAUAUGAUUGCGGAUGCUGUGAACAUGUGGAAACACUUGGCAUCAAUGGAACAGUUUGUUCAAAUAUUACUUAUUUACCUGAUGAUUAUGGCAUUUGGGUAACCCUCACCUACAAUGAUAAGGUGCUCUACAAUAACUCAGUAUCAUUGCGCAAUCCUCCGGAUAUUUGCGUCGGAAUUCCCGAGCUGGACAAAUUGUCUGCAGAGAUCUGCCUGAAACUGUAUGAUCUCACCUUCCAGGAUAAACAUUAUCACGGUUGCGUGGCGAUCAAAGUUUCAAUUUUUCAUCUUCUCCACAAGAUUGUUAACAUCGGCUGCUUCAACCUGCCCGUGCAUAUUCAUUCAGCUAAAAUGGAGAAUGCGUGGCCUGUGCUGAAUCACAUCAUCGAUCGAGAGGCAAUGAAGAAGGAUGUCUUGCCCUCGGUUCAGAUGAUUUGAUCAUAGUUAUUCGUCAUUACCCCCCUGGGGGGGGGACUGAUCAAUUAAUAUGUUUAGGAAUGAACAUUUUUGUAUUGACGUUUUUAAUUUUAUUAAAUGCCUUUUAAGAGAA